AUGUUUGCUCGUACCGUGUUGGCCUUUUUGGCCUGGCGGAAAAAAGGGUCGAAAAAACAAAAUUCCAACAAAGAAGUCAUCGAAACAAGUUCGGAUUUCCUCGCCCGUAAACAAAAUUUGGAGACGUUUACCAUUCCUUUCGAACCGGAACAGUUAAACAAAAUGGAACAACCAAAAAAUUCGCUGGCUAAGGAUAAAGGAUCUACCGAUAAACCCGCUAUAGUUAACGCGUUGGAAAAUGAUAAACAUGCAGACGCGAAAAUUAAUUCGAAAGCAAGCAGAUGUAAAGAAGAGCCGUCAAUAAAAGUUCCUGAAAAUUAUUCGCUUGACAUUACUUUUGAUCAAAAUAAUAAAGAGGUUAUUGAAGUUUUUUCAAGUUCUAACCAGGUAGAUUUGUCCAACAAUACCAACUGCCAUAAUGCGGAAAUUGUUACUCCUAUUAAUGAACCAAAGACUCGAGUGUCAAACUUGUCUCAACAGAUUGAAAUAACGGAUUCUACUGAUACUUUCAACCUUGCGAGCUACUUUAGUUAUGAACCCGCGCAAAUUUCUAUUGAUUUUAGUCACAUGACUAAUACAUCUGAUACAUCGACAUCUGAAAAUAAAUGUAAGACAAUCAAAGGUAAAUUGAGGCAUAGUGAUUCCAUUAUUUAUCAAAAGGAAUUGAGUUUAGAAUUCGAAUCAAUUCAUAAUUUAAAGAGAACUUGCUCAAAUAUUGUUUUGUCAAGAAAUCAACAACCGUCGACUUCAACUCCAAAAUCAUUGCAUCAUUCUCGUACCUUCCCAUUAGAUAGAUCCUAUCAUAAGUCAAUUAUCAAACAAAAUGGAAAUAAUGCUUCUGUUUUACAAAGAUCUACAUCUCUUGGUUCAGCCGUAGAAUCUGUAGCAAUGCCUAAUGAAGAAAUAAUUAUAACGAAUAAUCGUAAAGUACUUCAGAUAACUGGUACAAAGCCAAUAUCAACUUCAUAUGACAAUAAAAAAGCUAAAUCAGUAAUUUCGUUUCGUCAUUAUCACUUCGAAGAGAUCUUAGUAGAUCCAUGUAUUGCUGAAGGUACUAUUCUUACGAAAAUUACAGCAAAAAAAAAGCAAUUGCGAAAAUUUAGAAUUGAUGUUGAACAGUGUCGCAUAUUAUGGGAUUCAAAAAAAUCUGGAAAAGUAAAUAUUGAAAAUAUAAAAGAAAUUAGAAUUGGUGAAGCAAUUCGUAAUUAUCGGGAACAUUUCAAGAUGAGUAUUGAUCAUGAAUCUCGAUGGUUUACAAUAGUUUAUGUUGAGGCCGGAAAAUAUAAGAUUCUUCAUCUUGUCGCUGAUUCUUUUGAUUUGUUUAAUAAAUGGGUGGAUCAUUUAGAAAGAUUAUAUUUACAUAGAAGAGAUAUGAUGGGGGGAUUAGGACGUUUAGAAGAAAAACAGUCUAUUUGGUUGAGGCAAUAUUGGAAACAAGCUGACAAGGAUGGUGACUCAAAAUUAAAAUUUGAAGAAGUUGCUAGAUUAUGUCGUCAAUUAAACAUAAAUAUGUCAAAGUCAUUAUUAAAGAAAAAAUUUGAAGAGGCAGAUGUAAAUAAACAUGGAUAUCUCGACUUUGUUGACUUUCAGCAAUUUGUAAAGAUAAUCAAGAAACGACAAGAAUUAGCUGACAUUUUUGAACAGAUAAAAACUCAAAAAAAUAAAAGUACCUUGACACCGCAAGAAUUCAAAAAUUUUCUGUUGAAUAAACAAAAAUGCAAUCUUAAGGAAGAAGAUUACGAUAAUCUCUAUUACAAAUUCUGCAACAAAGACCGAAAGGAAAUGAUGAACCUUGAAGGCUUUAGUAGCUUUUUGAUGUCUAGCGACAAUCCUGUUUUUGUUUUAGAACAUACCAAAGUCUAUCAAGACAUGUCGCGUCCUUUGAAUCAUUAUUUCAUCGAUUCUUCUCAUAAUACUUACCUUCUCGGUCAUCAGUUGACAGGAGAGUCUUCUAUAGAAGGUUAUAUACGCGUUUUGCAACGUGGCUGUCGAUGUGUUGAAAUUGAUUGUUGGGAUGGACCUGAUGAACCUAUAGUUACACAUGGUCAUACAUUGACAUCAAAAAUUUUAUUUAAGGACGUUAUUUCUGCUAUUCGCACAUAUGCAUUUAAAGCUAGUCCUUAUCCAUUGAUUCUGUCACUUGAAGUUCAUUGUUCUGUUGAACAACAAAACAUAAUGGCAACAAUAUUAACUAAUACCUUAGGAAAUCUUCUUGUCACCAGUUUCUUAAAUAAUGAACCUGAAUUGCCUAGUCCUAAAAAUAAGUUACAAACUAAAAAGGGUAAAUCAAGAGUUUCCAAAGCUCUUUCUGACUUAGUAAUUUAUUGUUCUGCUGUCAAAUUCAAAGGAUUUGAUUAUCAUCGCGAGAAAUCCAUGUUUUACCACAUGUCUUCAUUUUCCGAGAGAGUUUCAAGUCGACUUUGCAAAACAGAAAAGCAACCUUUUAUUCAACAUAAUUCCCGAUAUUUGUCGCGUAUUUACCCAGCAGGAUUUCGUAUAAGUUCAUCCAAUUAUGAGCCACAUUUUCAUUGGAUGGUUGGAAGUCAAAUGGUAGCUUUGAAUUAUCAGACGUUUGGUAUGCAAAUAAACCAAGCCAUGUUCACUGUUAAUGGAAGAUGUGGAUAUGUUCUUAAACCUGAACGAAUGCGUAGUAUCGAAUCUACAAUUUCUGUUUCGCCAACAAAAUCAACACAUUCUCUGGAGAUUAAGGAUGUGGUCAAGGGGGAAAUUAUCGAUCCAUUUAUUGAAAUAGAAUUAUUGGUUCCAGGUGCAGAUGUCGUUAAACAGAAGACCGCUAUAAUAGAUGAUAAUGGGUUUAACCCAUAUUGGAACGAAACUUUAAAGUUUACCAUUGAUUUUGAAUAUUUGGAACUUGUGUUCUUACGAUUUGUCGUAUGGGAUCAAGAUAUAAGGACGAGUGAUUUUAUUGCAUCAUAUUGUAUCCCAGUAGCCAGUUUACAACAAGGUUAUCGCCAUAUUCCCCUUAACGAUAUUAAUGGUGAUCAAUAUCCAUUCACUACCUUGUUCAUUUAUUCCUCAUUGGAAUGA